CCAAUUCAAGACCAUGAUUGUAAUUUUGUAAUACCGAUUUGUUGAGUUAGUUAGCGAUAACUGGUAUAUAUCAUACAUUUAAACGUGUUUUCUAACCUACCGGCUACCUGGAGUGUUAGGUAGCCUCAUGGUCAGAUUUCUCUAUUGUACUACAUCAUCUUACACUACUUUGAUACGCAUCAGUAGAGAUUAAGAAGUGAGUAUAAGCAAUGCCCACUGUUUUACAAAAAGUGCGCUCUCCUACAUGAGUGCAUGGGUAUUACUGUUGCUGUCCUUUCCGAAUCACAAAACUGUCACACACUGAAGGCCUAUAGGUUCGCAAACAUGUCUAUAAAAUAUAUGUAAAGGCUGUUAAGAUACUGUAUUAAUGUUUGAAGAAAGGAGUGUAUAUAUUUGGCCUGGCUAAACUGUUUUAUGGGAAUGGAAGCUGAUAAUUCAGAGUUUUAUUUACUCCGCUGGUCUCUGGAAGAAAUUAGGAGUCUUCACUGUCCAAGACCUAGUACAAAUGUAUCCGACAUGGAGACACUCUGUGGUCUCGAGUACUGCAACACUGCUUUACACGAAACAUUUGUUUGUUUAUUAACUUUUAAAGUCCAUUUGGAGUAACACCCUUCUAAAUGAAUGUAGGUUGGCCUUUUCCCAGUUUCUGGUUGGUCCAAGCUGUGGACGUGUCUCAUCUGUCCAUUCACUAUUGAUGCUUCUCAACACAGCAGCGAGAACGAGACCAAUUGAUGUUUACAGACGUUGGAUCAUAAAUGUAUCAUUCUUUUGUCGCAACCAAGAAAUUCAAAUGAGCCUCAAAAUCCGUAGUUCUUUCUCUCAAUGUGGGGGCAGUAAUGCCAAUUUAGCAACUUUUCAGACUACCCUGGCAACCUUUUUUUCAAACAGCACCUAGCAACAAAUUUAGCUACUUUAAACAAUUUAUUUGGAACUUUUAGCAACUUUUGAAAAGUGACUCAAAUGCUAAAAUGCACGCAUUUUCCCUCCAAAUGACACAAAAACGAUUUUCUCUUUCACACACUCAGUCACAACACAAGUGCCUGGCUGCAAAAGUGCAUUGUGAGGAACGUCAGUUCAAUAAAGUUUGAGUAACUUUGUGAAUUCUACGUAAUGACGCAGUUUUACGUUAUCACGCAAUGACAUCACAAAGUCAUUUAGCAACAAAUCAACCUGCCUCCAGCAAUUUACCCUGAAAAUGAGUUGGCAACACUGUGUGGGGCAGUCGAAUCAUUAGGACCAGUACCAGCUCUCGCUCGGUCUAACACUUACAGCACCAGACAGAAUAUUAAUAAAUGUCCUACUGGUACUGUAGACAUAUAGGUCCUAUUACUGCAACAAUCAAAUGUACCAAAAUGUAUCUGAAAUGCAGCCGUACGCUUCAACAACUCUAGUUUUAAAUAGCUUAAUAACACAACAUACAGUGCAUUCGGAAAGUAUUCAGACCCCUUGACUUUUUCCAAGUUAGAGGCAUAAAAAGCAUAGAAAGUUAAAGCAUAGAAAGUUAGAGGCAUAGAAAGUUAAAGCAUAGAAAGUUAGAGGCAUAAAUAUCAUACCCCCCCCCCCCAAAAAAAAUGCUAACCUCCCCUGUUAUUGGUAAUGGUGAGAGGUUAGCAUGUUUUGGGAGUUAUGAUCUGUGUUCCUCUAACUUCCUCACUCAUCACUAUUCACAAUUCAUUCAUGAUUUUCCAUAAUCAUGGUAGAAUCCACAUCAACAUAGAAGUGUCCAGAAACAUAUUAUAUUCUUAUGUACAAUAAGUGACAUUUCUAAACAGCGAAACAGAUAUGUAUGAAAAUAUCCUUAAAUAAAAGGGGGCAUUCUGUACUGUCGCCUCAUAUGAAACAUUUGAUCUCAAAUCCAAAAUGCUGGAGUAUAGAGCCAAGCUUUUGCUACACUGUCCAAAUUCACACGGAGGGGAGUGUAACUGUGUGUGUAUGUGUGUGCGCCUGCGUGCCUGCACAUGUGUUUGUGACCUCUCAGACUCGUGUGGAAUGUCUCAUGUCUGUGUGCCUCAACCCCCAGUGAGUCUCUGGAGGGAGAGGGCGUCAUGGCACUCCAGGCCCUGAGAGGUGCGCCUCAGCCUGGACAUUGAACAUAUCUGCACUGGGGCCAUUAUCCAGCCUGCCUGGGUCCUCCUAGGCCUGUGAGUGUCACACCAACACAUAUCCUAUACUUUUUCAUAGGUGAAAAUGUUCAUAAAAACAGAUAACACACAUCCUAUAGUAUUAUAUUCAUUUAGUGCAAAAGAAAUGGGGUAUUUGAAGAGUUUGAAAACUCCUGCCCUCUACUUUUUCGUAGAUGAAUAUGAAUAUUCAUAAAAACAGAUCAUAACACCAGGUAGAGACCCAAAGAACCAGGUAGGAAGCAUCCUCAGUCUUCCUAUACCUUACUCAGUGUGUCAAUCUCCCCCCACUUGACAAACACACAUACAUACUGUGGCAGACCAGGGGGUUUGGUCAAAACGUUUACACAGAUCAGACAGUAGGGUUAGCUCAGUUUCAAGGGUGUUUUAUUUGAAUAACAAAAGAAAAGGUCUCCCCCAUGAGACCAUCUCCGGGAUACCGUCUUCUGGGCUCUGGGUCUUGCUGUAUCCUGUGGGGAACAAAAACUGAACUCCCUCCUUUUACCUCUGGAACCGUCCAACUAUACAGGAGUAACCUUUCUUCCCCAGUCUCUUCUCCCGUGAGCUGCCCUUCUGGCAGCUUUAUGGGACCCGUCCAGCUGGUAAGCAGUCAGCCCUUGAUUACUCACCAACCACAAGCAGCCCCAAAUAGUCCUGGCCGGAGAGCCCGUCGAGAACUGGCACGUCCAGCAGAGGGAGCCAUCGCCUCGUGAUGUAUACUCCAUCUGUCACCAGGCCCCAACGAGUCUCCCCCUGGUGGCUGACCUGACAUACAGCUACAGCUGUACCCCCGCUGCUCCUCACUGAGCAAGCCCAGUCCUAUCUGUCCUGCUCGGGACAGGAAGUCCCACCCUUCCAGGUCUGCAUAGUCUCAUCGUGGGAGGGUCAGACAGGUACAUACAGACACCAUGACAAAGCAAAAAGGUAACUUUAGCACGAUGAGUGUUGUUCUUAAAAGUUGAAGUGGAAACGGGUUAUGUGUAUGUAUAAAUAUGACAUUACCUCAUUAAAAUGUCUGCACAUCAGGGAAAUAUUUGCUGGAAAUGUGUGUGGCAACAUUCCCCAUCCAACCUGACAGAGCUUGAGAGGAUCUCCAGAGAGGAAUGGGAGAAACUCCCCAAAUACAGGUGUGCCAAGCUUGUAGCGUGGUACCCAAGAAGACUCGAUGCUGUAAUCGCUGCCAAAGGUGCUUCAACAAAGUACUGAGUAAAGGGUCUGAAUACUUAUGUAAAUGUGAUUUAUUUUUUUUAAUAUUUUUUUUUUAUAAAUAUGAAAAUAUUUCUAAACCUUUUUUGCUUUGUCAUUAUGGGGUAUUGUGUGUAGAUUGAUUGAGGGGGAAAAAACUAUUUAAUCAAUUAUAGAAUAAGGGUGUAACGUAACAAGUCAAGGGUUCUGAAUACGUUCCGAAUGCACUGUAUAUGAUGUAAAUAAGAACAGUAGUCUAUUUUGUAUUUUUGUAUAUUAUUAGGUAUCCCCAUUAGCUGCUGCCAAGGUAGCAGCUACUCUUGCUGGGGUCCAACCACAUUAAGGCACGUCAUACAAAAAAAGAAAACUACAUCAUAUAACAUUACUACACCAUUACAUAUCCACUACAUAAAAUGUACAGUAUAAACCGGGUGGUUUGAGCCUUCAAUAUCACCAUACAACAAUAACACAGUAUGUGUGGGUGUUUGUGUGUCUCUUCACAGUACGCUUUUCCAUAAGGGGUAGUUUUAUCCAGGUUUUUUUCAAUCUGAUUUUAAUAGUGCACAGCUAUUUUCAGGUCUCUUUCAAAGAUGUUCGACCGGGUUCUGGCUGAAGAACAUUCAGAGACUUGUCCCGAAGCCAAUCCAGCUGUAUGCUUAGGGUCUUUGUACUGUUGGAAGGUGAACCUUCAUCCCAGUCUGAGGCCCUUAGUGCUCUGGAGCAGGUGUUCAUCAAGGAUUUCUCUGUACUUUGUUCCGUUGAUCUUUGCCUUGAUCCAGACUAGUCUCACAGUCCCUGCCACUGAAAAACAUACCCACAGCAUGAUGCUGCCACCACCAUGCUUCAUCGUAGGGAUGGUGCCAGGUUUCCUCCAUCGUGACUCUUGACAUUCAGGCCAAAGAGUUCAAUCUUGGUUUCAUCAGACCAGAUAAUCUUGUUUCUCAUGGUCUGUGAGUCUUUAGGUGCCUUUUGGCAAGCUCCAGGCGGGCUGUCAUGUUCCUUUUACUGAUGAGUGGCUUCCGUCUGGUCACUCUACCAUAAAGGCCUGAUUGGGGGAGUGCUGGGGAGAUGGUUGUCCUUCUGGAAGGUUCUCCCAUCUCCACAGAGGAUCUCUAGAGCUCUGUCAGAGUGACCAUCGGGUUCCUGGUCACCAAACUGUGCCUCGACACAAUCCUGUCCCUGAGCUCUGUGGACAAUUCCUUCGACCCCAUGGCUUGCUUUUUGCUACUCUGUGGGACUUUAUAUAGACAAGUUUGUGCCUUUCCAAAUCCUGUCCAAUCAGUUGAAUUUACCACAUGUGAACUCCUAUCACUUUGUAGAAACAUCUCAAGGAUGAUCAAUGGAAACUGGAUGCACAUGAGCUCCAUUUCUAGUGUCAUAGCCAAGAGUCUGAAUACUUGUGUAAAUAAUGUAUUUCAGUUUUUUAUUUGUAAUAAAUGAUUAACCAUUUCUAAAAACCUGUUUUCACUUUGUCAUUAUGGGGUAUUGUGUGUCGAUUGAUGAGGGGGAACAAAUCAUUUAAUCCAUUUUAGAAUAACGCCGUAACAUAACAAAAUGUGUAAAGUCAAGGAGUCAGAAUACUUUUCGAAUGCACUGUAUUAAUUGCAUGAAUCUAGUUCAACAGUCCAGAAGUUAUAAGCCUAAGUGUGCUAUAGUGUCAUAAACUUGCUUGGGGCUAUUUUCAUUGAUCAGACCAUACACAUGCACACACAGUCUCACACACACACACACACUUUCUAAACCAGUGUCCCAACCUCUGAGUGAUCUGAGAGUGGCGUGAUUUUGGACCAUUCACCUCUACGUGUAUGGAUUACUCAGCUGUGCGUCGUCAUGGCUUUGUCAUAGUGAUUUCUUCUCUCCUAUUGGUCCGUCAGCCCUCUAUUACCUUUCCUCCAGCUGGCUCCCCCCUCCCCUAGGUGUCCUUGGUGCAAAGGUCUGACUCCAGGGUCAGAGCCUAGCUCAGCCCAAACUCACUGCCUGGAUCCUGAUCACACUGACCACACUGCAGAGGCAGACAGAGAGCAACACACCUGACACGCACUUACCCGUCAUGGAGAGUCUGACAGUACCUGUUGUGGUUGGAACGUCUGUGGUGGUCCUCUCUGGGCUCUACUUCCUCCUCCGAGGUGAUAAGAAGAAGAAGCCGCUUCCACAGACACUACAAGAUUCUACAGUUAAAUAUCCACUGCCACUCAUAGAGAAAGAGGAUAUAAGCCAUGAUACGAAGCGCUUUCGCUUUGGCCUUCCCUCUCCCACACAUGUCCUUGGACUGCCAGUAGGACAGCAUGUGUACCUGUCAGCUAAGGUGAAUGGGAGCCUGGUCAUCCGGGCCUACACUCCUGUCUCCAGUGAUGAGGACCAGGGCUUUGUGGACCUGGUGGUCAAGGUGUACUACAAAAACACUCAUCCUAACUAUCCUGGCGGAGGAAAGAUGUCCCAGUACCUGGACGCCAUGAGCAUUGGGGACAAAAUAGAUUUCAGAGGACCCAAUGGACUCCUUGUAUACACAGGAAAUGGCAAAUUUGCCAUUCGACCUGAUAAGAAGUCUGAGGCCAAGGUCCGCAAGUUUAAACAUGUUGGAAUGAUCGCUGGUGGAACAGGGAUUACCCCCAUGCUGCAGCUGAUUCGCAGUAUUACAGGAGACCCUGCAGACAACACCAAGUGCUCGCUCAUAUUUGCUAACCAGACUGACAAGGAUAUCCUACUGCGGGAUGAACUAGAGGAGGUGCUGAAGAGUCACUCUGACCAACUCAACCUGUCCUACACUCUGGACAAGCCUCCACAGGACUGGAAGUACAGCUCAGGAUUUGUGAACGCUAAUAUGAUGAAAGAGCACCUUCCCCCGGCAUCCAACGAUGUGCUUAUUGUCAUGUGUGGCCCACCCCCCAUGAUCCAGCAUGCAUGCCUCCCCAACCUUUCCACUCUAGGCUACAAGACAGAGAACACAUUCACAUACUAGUAACUCCCAGGCCCUGCCAACUAGGCAUAGAACCCCAUAUAUACAUUAAACUGCACCAGGACAUUUGAGACCAUUUGUUAUAUUGACUUAUCUGUGUAGAAUAUAAUGUAAAAGCCUACACUACAAGACCAAAGGGAUAUUUUCUAUGGGUUUUAAUAAAAGAAAAUGUAAUAUUUGCAUGUUUAACAUUCAAAGAACAGUUUGAACUGUUUUGUGUUAGAAAGACUGUAAUAAGGUUGGUUGGGUUUUGGAAUGUUUGGACUGUUCCAGUAACAAUUUGUCUAGAUAAGUAUUGUCUCUAAAGCUUUUUGACGUGCUAUUUUUAACCCUCCUGCUGUGUUCGGGUUGAAUUGGACCAAUUUACAAGUUUUCUCUCUGAAAAAUGUAGUUCAUUUCAUCUGAUUGUCAUAAGGUUCCAUGACUUUUUCCACACAGGGCAUCUGAACACACAAAAUACAUUUUUAUAAUUUUCA